AUGAAGGGACCGCACGGCAAAAACGCGGCCCCGAUCGACCGACGAGGAGGGCGCAGAAACGAAUUUCCCAGAAACGUUCGAAGGGCACCAGCGCCUCCCCGGAUCGCCGGAUCACGAUACCCGACCUUAUCGGACGUCGGCACCGUAGGACCCGUCCGCCGACGGAACCACGAGCCCGCGGGACGAACGGGGAGGUACGAAGUGACCGUUACAAGGAAUCGACCGACGAAACGGUCCGAGGGGCACCGCGCCCACCCCGGGAGUUCGGGGUCGAAAAUUCAGCGGGGACGGGACGCCGGCCGGCCGGGGGCCCGCGCUGACCGAAACCCCAGGCCGCGGGCCGAACGUGACGAGAGCGGUGGCAAUUUUUCCGAAAACGGUCGCGGGGCCCCAGCGCCCCUCCCGGGUCGCCGGAUCCGAAAUCCGACCUUAUCGGACGUCGGCACAGUAGGACCCGUCCGCAGACGGGACCCCGAGCCCGGGGGACGAACGGGGAAGCACGAAGUGACCGUUACAAGGAAUCGGCCGACGGAACG